ACAACAUCCGGCUGUUUCCAUGGAAGCCCACCAUGUUGAGGACUGUCGGUACACUAUCAGUGAUAGCUUGCAAAAUCUUGUGAAAACUUGCAAAAAAGGCUAAAGAAAUUGCAUUUGUUAUAUUGUGUUACACACUCGCCAAGUGUGUCCAUGUUAAUUUCAACGUUAUCUCCUAAAAGGGUAACCAGAAUGAACCGUUUUAAUUCCACCGUCCCGGAUGACGAGUACCUUGCGGACAGUAAUGUGUUGUUCUACCUGAGUGAUGCAGUGACCCAGCUGCUGGAACAUAAAGAGGAGUACACCCAGUUCGGGGUGAUCCGUUACUUUGCAGAAUAUUUCAGCAGUGUAAAGAACAGUAACCACGUGCUCUUCCGAGAGUAUAACUACAUCAGGGCCACUCCUCAUAACAGAGCAUCCUUCAUCAGAGUCUUCUGGAGAUGCUACAGACAGAUUGGCAAGAAUGGAGACUUACUGUCCAUGCUGGAGUACAGGUCACUGCUGCAGUUAUUGUGCCCAGACUUCCCCUUGGAGAUAUUGCAGAGUGCAGCCAGAAUAGUUCUAUUGGACGACGCUAUGGACUGUCUGAUGUCUUUCUCUGAUUUUAUUUACACCUUCCAGCUACAGUUCUACUACCAAGAGUUCCUGGACAGCGUGCUGGUGAUCUACCAGGAUCUGUUAGCAGGGAAGAGUCCUAACACUGUCAUUGUCCCCACGUCUGACUCCAUCGAGCAGCUCCCCUCUGCCGCUGCCGAGGAGAACGACAAGGAGGAGCAGCAGCAGGACGGAGUGGAACCGUCCACUCUGGCUCAGUGUAUAGAUGCCCUCUGUGACAGGUUCAAGCACAGUUAUCCUCCCAGGUCCUGUAUGAGGAAAGUACUGGAACAGUUUAACAAAGUAUCUUACCACAGCUUCCUAAUGAGCCUGGCUAAACAUGAGACCAUCAACCAAACUAUAGGAGCAUUACCCAGCAAGACUGAGUUGCUCAUUGACCCAGAGAUGGACCAGGAGCUAGACAAACUAAUUGCCCAGAUCUCAGUGAGUCCCGGCAGCAACAGCAGUGGCAGUGCGGUGGGGGUGCUGAAGGAGGUGCAGAGGAAGGCCUCCCCCAGAAGGAACAUCCACCACAGGAGGAAGAUUGAGGUGGAAAGCGAUGGUUCAACGGAAGAGACCGACUCCUCUGAAAACUGAGCUCUAACCUUUCAACAGAAAUAUAGGCAUAAAUCAUGGGGGAUUUGGGGGGUCAGGGCCUACCCCAUGUGAGGGCCCCACCAAAGCAUUUUUCUUUUAAAACAAGCUGUUUAUUGUAAAUAAUGUAUUAUAAUAUAAUUACAAAUAAUA